AUAUGCAGAUGAAAUUCUUUGUAAUGCUUGGAAUCGUGAUUUAAUUUUUGAAAAACAGAUAAAUAUGAAAUAUGUUGAAAAAACUAUUAAUCUAUUUAAAGAUCUGCAAUUUAAAAAUAUAGAAAAAGAAAAAAUAGAAAAACAAAAGCAACAAGAAAAACAAAAAAAUCAAGAAGAUGAAAAAAAUAACUUAGCAGAAUGCUUUGUCUCAUGGUCGUAG